AUGCAGGUCAUUUCGACGGAGACCAUCAAUGUUGGUGCGUCAAGCUCCACGACAGCUUCUGCCAGCCUUCCUGUGGACAGUCCAGGCCGAUCAUACCACUCAAAUGACUCCGCCAAUUCAGGGACUGAGUCGGAUACCGAUGACGAUCAACUUACCCAGAAGGCAGUCGGCAAGCCAGGACCGGAUAUCUCCAAGACUAACUGGAAUUCCUGGGUCACUGAACAUCUGAAAUCGCUGGUCUCGAAAGCCAAAGGUGGUGUGUCACAGGCGGUCAUGGCGUUCAUCAAGAGCACUAUGAAAGACACGAAGUUGAUCUUCGUGAUGGGAAGUGCGGGUACGGGCAAGUCCUCCUUACUCAAUGAGCUUACCGGGAUGGAUCUUCAUGUCGGCAAAUCAUUGAAGUCCGGGACCCGGCGGUACCACGUCUGCCCCGCCAUCAUUGAUGAUCACCAGUAUCUCUUCAUAGACACAGCUGGCUUUGGCGCCGCCGAUUUAGACGAUGAAGACAACUUCAAAGACAUCAUGGCAUGUCUUUCAACACUUCGCCCAUUCGUCACCUUCUCCGGUGUUCUCGAUCUGCGCACUCUGCGAUGGAUCGAAUGUUUUUGUGGUCCGACCUUCUUCCAAAACAUCACGAUUGUUACCACAAAAUGGGACGAGCUCGUGGAAGAUGCUUUCGAGGACAGAUGGGCCAUCACGGCAGACUUUGAAAACCACGAGGUUGUCCGUUGUCUGUUGGAUCCUCCUGGUCGACUUGAUGGAGCCACCAUUUACCAUCAUGGCUUUCCUGGAGGUAGGGGCUCCGGAGACUCGUGGAGCAGCAUCCUUUCCAAAAAACGGCGAGCCCAUGAAAGAGGCGACGAACUUCGCAAUCUUAUUCGACGUAAUUACACAGACAAAGACGUCGGCGAGCUGCAGAUUAUUCAAGAAUUGGAUCAAGGAAUGGCCUUGUGUGAGACAGAGGCAGCGAGGAUUCUUGCGUCUGAUCUGAAGCAAACCAUAGUGGAGGUAUCGGAGGAUAGUGCUACUUUGGUGCUACGACCGGGUUUGGACAAGGAUUGCGGAGUGCUCAGGUCUCAGAAGGCAGUCAAGAACUCGAGCGACAAAUCAGACGACUCUAGGGACACAGAGACAAGAGACCAACCCGAGGAGCAUACCAAGGAACAAUCUAAGGAACAAUCCAAACAGCAACCCGUCGAAGAGUUUAAGAAACAGCCUAAGGAACAACCUAGGAAUCGGACCGAGGGUAAAGCCAAAGAAGAAUCUUCUUGGUUUGAAAGAUGGUUCCAGAGUGACUGGUGGGCCGUCCUCGCAGAAGCAGCCCGUUUCUUCGCAGAAGCGCGUAACGGAGGGUAUCAAUCCAGCAACCGGGGAGGCUUUGGGCCUCCUCCUGCAUGGAACCCCUGGCAGGCUGCUCGGAACUGGUGGAGUGGAACAGCUUGA